AUGUCGCAUUGGCGCUAUGAGCUAUGCAUUACGUAUCCGUAUUAUGCAUCACUCAGCGGCGCCUGCACGUGGGAGGGCUAUGGACUACGCAUUACGUAUCCGUAUUAUGUAUCACUCAGCGGCGCCUGCAUGUGGGAGGGCUAUGGACUACGCAUUACGUAUCCGUAUUAUGUAUCACUCAGCGGCGCCUGCACGUGGGAGGGCUAUGGACUACGCAUUACGUAUCCGUAUUAUGUAUCAAGCGCCGAAAGCCCGCCGGAGAGGGCUAUGUACUACGCAUUACGUAUCCGCAUUAUCGCCGAAAGCCCGCCGGAGAGGGCUAUGUACUACGCAUUACGUAUCCGUAUUAUGUAUCAAGCGCCGAAAGCCCGCCGGAGAGGGCUAUGUACUACGCAUUACGCAUCCGUAUUAUGUAUCAAGCGCCGAAAGCCCGCCGGAGAGGGCUAUGUACUACGCAUUACGUAUCCGUAUUAUGUAUCAAGCGCCGAAAGCCCGCCGGAGAGGGCUAUGUACUACGCAUUACACCCUAACUUCGCGCUGCCGCUCGGGCUGCCAUAA